AUGGCAGGUCUUAAAUCUUUCUUUCUUUGUGUUGCGAUUGCCAGUUUUUGUGCCGUGGCAUCAUCAUCUUCAUCUCAGGUAGUCAAGGGGGCUUAUUGGCCUUCUUCGGAUCAGAAUUUCCCCUCGUCGGCCAUUGACACGUCUUUGUUCACUCACGUCUAUUAUGCAUUUUUAGAACCCAACAAUGUCACUUUUAAGUUUGACAUACCAUAUUCAACUGCUCUGAUACUCGUAAACUUCACAUCAACUCUUCAUGCGAAAAAUCCGCCCGUGAAAACUAUCUUUUCUGUUGGUGGGGCGGGUGAAGGCUCAUCGUUAUUUGCUCGGAUGGCUUCAAGUUCUUCCUUGAGGAUGAGUUUCAUUGACUCCUCAAUUGAAGUGGCACGAAAAUUUGGAUUCGAUGGGAUUGAUUUGGAUUGGGAAUUUCCUGAAAACCCCCAAGAUAUGGAAAAUUUGGGCCUCUUAUUGGACCAAUGGCGGGCCGAGGUCCAAAAAGAGGCUGUGACCACCUGCCGGCCACCACUCUUGCUCACUGCCGCCGUCUACUACGCCUCCGACGUAUCCCUGAACGGCGUGUUCCGUUCGUACCCGGUGGCUUCAAUAAAUAAAAACUUGGAUUGGAUCAAUGCAAUGUGUUAUGACUAUCACGGUUCAUGGGACACUUCAACGACCGGAGCUCAAGCAGCCCUGUUUGACCCAAAAAGUAACAUCAGCACAAGUAAUGGGCUUGGAUCAUGGAUACGGGCCGGCAUCCUUAGAAGUAAGUUGAUCAUGGGCUUGCCACUCUACGGGAGGACGUGGCAGCUCAAGGACCCUAGAUCAUAUGGUGUGGGGGCACCAGCCGUUGAUGUGGGUCCCGGAGACAUGGGGGUACUCACUUUCUUCCAGGUGGAGAUGUUCAAUAGGGCUAAUAAUGCCACCGUGGUGUAUGACGUGGAAACCGUGUCCACGUACUCUGUUGCAGGGAGUAUUUGGAUUGGGUAUGAUGAUCCUAGAUCGGUAACGGUGAAGAUAGGGUAUGCUCAGGCCCUUGGGCNUAUCCUUAGAAGUAAGCUGAUCAUGGGCUUGCCACUAUACGGGAGGACGUGGCAGCUCAAGGACCCUAGAUCAUAUGGUGUCGGGGCACCAGCCGUUGAUGUGGGUCCCGGAGACAUGGGGGUACUCACUUUCUUCCAGGUGGAGAUGUUCAAUAGGGAGAAUAAUGCCACCGUGGUGUAUGACGUGGAAACCGUGUCCACGUACUCUGUUGCAGGGAGUAUUUGGAUUGGGUAUGAUGAUCCUAGAUCGGUAACGGUGAAGAUAGGGUAUGCUCAGGCCCUUGGGCUUCGUGGGUAUUUCUUUUGGGCCGUCAAUGGUGACUAUAAGUGGAAAAUCUCAAGAACAGCUUCUCAGUUUUGGCUUCUUUAA